CAUUUCAAUCGAACUGGCUCACGGCCAUAUUUAGUUCGCACGAGAGCACCGACCAAUACGUAUUUACGUGAAAAACUUGUAUUUAAUUUGGAACCAUAUCACAGGAGAGUUAAACGAAGCAGAGUUGAGAGACUAAAAAACAGAACGGUAAGCGAGUAGAGAAGCCAUUUCAUCAUGAGCACACCCACCGAUCAGCCUCCGCGCUCCGAAGGCGCCGAGACCAACAGCUCCGAAGGAUCCUCACAGCAGCAAUCUCAACCACAGAAUGUGCCGGCCAAACUCGUACAUCAUUUCCAGACAAAUCGAAUCGAUUCCGCACUCUGGGCUCUGCGCCUGUUAGUCGUCUUUUUUACAGUCAGCUACGUGCUGCCAAUCUUCACUUCACAACAGAGCGCAUUCAGCAAGGUCCUGCUGGCCAAUGCGGCCAUCUCUGCCUUGCGUUUGCAUCAGAGGGUGCCCGCAUUCUCCUUCAGCCGGGAAUUUCUAGCCCGACUGUUCGCCGAGGACUCGUGUCACUAUAUGAUGUACUCUUUGAUCUUCUUUAACAUCCGCCCAUCACUGCUAGUUCUUAUCCCAGUGCUGCUGUACUCGGUUCUGCAUGCUUCCAGCUACUCGCUUAAGCUCCUGGAUCUGAUUGGCCAGAACUCGUGGUGGGGUGCCCGUUUUAUCAUCUCCAUUGUGGAGUUUCAGGCAGCCAAUAUCCUGAAGGCCACUGCGUUCUGCGAGAUCUUCAUUAUGCCCUAUGCCAUUGUGCUGACCUUCAUGAGCCACGCAGGUCUUAUGACGCCUAUAAUCUACUAUCACUAUCUAGUGAUGCGCUACAGCUCACGUCGUAAUCCGUAUCCGCGCACCGCUUUCGCCGAGCUCCGCAUAACCUUCGAGGCGCUGGCCGCCCGCUCGCCGCCUGCCGUUGGCAAGAUCAUCCGCGGAGGCAUUGGGUUUAUUAAUCGCCUGGCGCCGCAGCCACAGCCGGCCCCGCCGCAGCAGUAAAAAACUGUUAGCCGAAUGUAACAAUCAAAAGACAUCUGAAUAAGCCUAUUUAAAUACCAAUCCGUUUACAUAGAUGUUCACACAGGAGAUUGGGGUUCAUCCGUUUUAUUUAUUAGUCAAAAUUCGUUGCACCAUUUUAAAUCGAGGAUUGUUUCGGCAUUUAAGUUUAAAUUUAUCUAUGUAUUAUUGUAAUUUUUGAGAACAUUUUUCUUUUUUCGAUCAUAUAUAUAUAGCCGCGCACGAAGUGCACCAUUCGGAAUCAACAUUCAAGGCGCGUAUUUUUACCAUUAUAUCCCAAACAAACUAGUUUAAUUUGUUUUGCACUAACUUAUAUGUUGACAAAUCUAAUCAAAUUCAAAACCUGGACAACAGAUGAUGUUAAUAAUUACUUACAUAUAUUUUUUAUGAAUGUGAAAAGUUACUAAAAAUACAAAGAAGUAAAGUAAAAUUAAAUGAUUAAAAAGGUAA